AUGGAAAAUUCCAACGUGCACGUCUCUCCCCAGACAGGGGCCAUGGCCGAACACUUUAAAGAAGUAAGCAGGUGUCUCGUGUGCCUGGCCUACCUCGAAACGCCCAUGUACCUGAAAUGUGGCUACGUCUGCUGCCUGCGGUGCCUGGAUUCCCUGCAGAGGGAGCCCGACGGGGCGGGCCUACUGUGCCCCUCCUGCUCCGUGGUCUCUCAGAAGGAGGACAUCAGGCCCGGAAGCCAGCUUGGGAGGCUGGUUGCAAAGAUCAAGGAGUUAGAGCCCCAGCUGCGAGCUGUGCUACGGAUGAACCCAAAGAUACGCAAGUUCCAAGUGGACGUGACCUUGGACGCUGACACGGCCAACGGCUACCUCGUCAUUUCUGAGGACCUGAAGAGUGUCCACUGCGGGUAUUCCAGACAGAACCGGACGCCCCGGGCCGAGAGAUUCGACUAUGCCCUCUGUGUGCUGGGCUCCCCUGGGUUCUCCUCUGGCCGCCACUAUUGGGAGGUGGACGUGGGGACCAGCAAGGAAUGGGACGUGGGUGUUUGCAGAGACUCUGCUCAUCGGCAAGGGCCGGUUCUGCUGUCCUCAGAGUUUGGCUUCUGGACGGUGGGUCUGAGGACAGAUCUCUUCCAAGCCGGCACCAUGCCAGUGACUGUUCUCUCGGUGAGCCCCCGGUUACACCGCGUAGGGGUCUUCCUGGAUAGGAAUUUUGGCACAGUUUCCUUUUACCACGUUAGCGACGGAUCCCACAUUUUCACAUUCACUGAAAUUCCUGCCGCGGAGACGCUGCGUCCGUUUUUUGCUCCUGGGAAUCCGACCACGGACGGGCAAGAAGUCCUGAGAAUCUGCCCUGUGAGGAGCCCAGGCGUUGCCAGCAACCCAGCGGGUUCUGGGCAGAACAAACGAACCUCCGAUGCAGAACAUUUGUAGAGAAUUCCGUGUGCUCACAGCCGGAGCCGGGAACUCUCCUGCGGGUUACGUGCGUGGUGCAGACGUGGCGGGAAAACACGCAACGGCUGGUGAAUCGUGAACGCUAAUUACAUGAAAGCAUUUAAGCGUCAGCACA